UGUAAAAGACUUCACAGCAGGUAGAAGAAGAAAAACGAGUAAGGCAGGAAAUGUAAAAUAUUUUAAAAAAAUUAUUAUACAGAACUCCAAUCGGCUGGUUAUUGUAUGAGGGAUUUAUGGUUUGUAAAUGAAUAUACCAUCAAGAAGUUAUUUUGUAAAGUAAGUUUAUUUUUUUAAUGAAAAUACAACAGUUUGGUUUGAGAUGCAUCACUAAACCAGUGUUGUUGAUUCAGUCUGUUGAUUUAUAAAAUUGCAUUUGCUGUGUGUUUGAAGUUCAGCUGCUAACAUGGGUUCUCUAUCUAUAUGGAGAUUGACUUUGGUCGUGUUUUAUAUUGUGGUUUUAAUUCAUGGAUCAUCAGCAGCUUAUGGCAAUGGCAAAACUCCUACAACUUCAUCACCGGGUCAACCUUCUAAUCCUGUACACACGUUUCCUGCACCCAAAAAAGAAUAUUUGCCAGUCUUUCAAAUGAACUAUCCUCGUAUACAAAUACCAUUCGAAAUAACGCUGUGGAUUCUUUUAGCCUCCUUGGCGAAAAUUGGUUUCCAUGUUUAUCACAAAAUAACAGUAUGGGUACCAGAAUGCUGCCUUCUAAUUACCAUUGGACUUAUAGUUGGAGGGAUUAUGUAUUCAGUGCAUGAAGAGUCCCCUGCAGUACUGACCACAGAUGUCUUCUUCCUGUAUUUACUGCCACCUAUUGUACUUGAUGCUGGCUAUUUUAUGCCUACUCGUCUCUUCUUUGAGAACUGUGGCACAGUUCUUUGGUUUUCUGUUGUUGGAACACUGUGGAACUCCAUCGGCAUUGGAAUCUCCCUCUUUGGGAUCUGUCAAAUUGAAGCUUUUGGGAUUCAGGAUAUCAACCUGCAGGAAAAUCUACUGUUUGGCACCAUUAUUUCAACAGUGGACCCUGUAGCAGUGCUAGCCGUGUUUGAAGAAAUAAACAUCAAUGAGCAACUUUAUAUUGUGGUGUUCGGGGAGUCGCUCUACAAUGAUGCCAUCACUGUGGCGUUGUACAGUUUGUUCAAGUAUAUAUCCCAGAUGGACCAAGUGGACUCUAUAGAUAUCUUCCUAGGUACUGCAGACUUCUUUGUGGUGGGGUUUGGAGGCAUAAUGUUUGGUCUCUUGUUUGGAUUUGUGGCAGCAUUUACAACACGGUUCACUGCAAACACCAGAGAACUUGAGCCUGUCUUCGUCUUCAUGUACAGCUACCUGGCAUACCUCCUUGCUGAACUGUUUUCACUCUCAAGCAUCAUGGCCAUUGUAACAUGUGCCUUGACAAUGAAGUACUAUGUUGAAGAAAAUGUUUCUCAGAGGUCCUGCACCACCAUUCGGCACUUUCUGAAGAUGUGGAGCAGUGUCAGUGAGACUCUCAUCUUCUUUUUCCUUGGAGUUACAACAGUGACCAGCAAGCAUGAGUGGAACUGGGCCUACAUUGGUUUUACCUUAAUCUUCUGCAUUGUGUGGCGGGGGUUAGGAGUGCUUGUCCUUGCUCAGAUCAUUAACAAUUUCCGUACCAUCCCCUUCACUUUCAAGGACCAGUUUAGUAUGGCCUAUGGUGGGCUACGAGGAGCCAUCUGCUUCAGUCUAGCUUUCCUGUUGCCUGAUACUUUCCCCAGAAGGAAUUUAUUCACUACUGCAGCCGUAGCUGUUAUUAUAUUCACAGUCUUCAUUCAGGGGAUAACAAUUCGACCCUUGAUAGACUAUCUGAAUGUCAGGAGGACAAAUAGAAAGCUGAUGACGAUCAAUGUGGAGAUUCAUAGUCGGGCCAUGGAACAUACAAUUGCUGGAAUUGAAGAUCUCUGUGGACAGUGGAGUCACUACUACUGGAAAGACAAGUUUAAAAAAAUUAAUGACAGGUUUCUAAGGAAGGUUCUAAUCAAGGACAACAGGCCCCAAUCAAGCAUUGUCUCCUUAUACAAGAAGCUUGAAUUACAAAAUGCACUUGUGUUGUUGGAUUCAAAUGGUGGAAUCAGUGGUGCUCCAUCAUUGACUUCCCUACAGGAGCAGAAACCUACAAAACGUGAAACAUUCCUACCGGAGGAAGUUUGGAGCAUGCAAGAGUUAUUGUCCAAAAAUAUGUAUAAAAUACGUGAGCGGACGUUAACAUACACCAGACAUUCCCUGCCUAAUGAAACCCGGACAAAGGAGAUCCUCUUGCGCAGACACUCUACCAUAAGGAAGAGUAUGAGGAAGGCUGGCACGUGGCAGACACCUGCUGCUGCCAAGUACUAUUCCCUUCCUCCUACUGUCCAAAACCUUCAACCGAGACUGAGAUUAAGAAAAUACAGUUUGACAGGUGAUGAUGAUGGUGAUGAUGAUAUCGCAUCUGAAAUUAAUUUUCCCCCUGCAAGACCACGUCUUCAACUAAGGGCCAAGGAGCCACGAAGGGCUUUGCAGCCACCAAGAAACAAGCUAGAAACGGUGAAUGAAGUUCGAACAGAUAGCAGAAGGACCCCAAUGGUUGAUUAUGAGAAUCGUGGAGGCAGUGCAAUGAGUGAAAACAGCAAAGGACGAGGAACAGGGACAAAGAGAGCACUAACGCCAAUGCGGCAGUUUGGGUUAUUCAAUGAGCAAGGCUUAAAAAACAAAGAGAAAGAAGACCAGAUGGAGAUGGAGGAGUUUAGGUAUACACCAGCAGCCAAUAGGAGGGAAGAGGCCAGGGAAGAGGCUAGUGACUCUGAAACUACCCACCCUCUUCUGAACAGGCCCAUGCAUCAAUAUAAACCUUGACUUUAUAGAAUUGGCUUGGAGGCCUUUUUUUUAGAACAUUACAUUUUACAGCUGGAAUGUUAGUUUAUAUAAUAAUAAUAAUAAUACUGUAAGCUGUAGAUAUAAUAUGAACACUUGUUCAAAUGAUACCUUAACCCUUGUAGAACAAUCAGCUGGUUAUGCAUUUUCUGUACGAGGAUGGAUGGUACUGUACCUCCAGGACAGGCAUGAUGCAUGGUGGGAAAGCUCACAUUUCCACUGCUUGUGCUAUUGCUCUUCUGUGAAUAAACAGAAAUACAUUUCAAGAA